CGAAGACAGGUGAGACUUGGCGUUCUGGGGCGGGAAAACUGAAGCACCCAGAGAUGGGAAUGGAGGGAAGGACUCGUGAAGGCAGCAGCACUGGGCCCUGGAAGUAAAGAGAAGGCUGAGCUACUGAUGGGAUACCAGAAUGGUGCCUUCGCUGAAGCUUCAUGACUUCAUGGAGGAGAUUCGCGGGGCCAAGACUCAGGCCCAGGAACGGGAGGUGAUCCAAAAGGAGUGUGCCCAUAUCCGGGCGUCCUUCCGUGAUGGGGACCCCUUGCAGAGGCACCGCCAGCUGACCAAACUGCUCUACGUCCACAUGCUGGGCUACCCCGCCCACUUUGGACAGAUGGAGUGCCUGAAACUGAUCGCCUCCCCCCGAUUCAUAGACAAGAGGGUGGGCUACCUGGGAGCUAUGCUUCUGUUGGAUGAGAGGCACGAUGCCCACCUGCUCAUUACCAACAGCAUCAAGAAGUGAGAGGGUUCUGGGGGCACUGGAAAUCAGGGAAAUGAAAUGGGAAACAAAUCCCAAGGGGCUGCCUGCUGUACUGGUGAGAAGGACUGGUUUUCUCAGAGGCCUGACUGACCAUCCUCCCAACCCUGCAGUGACCUGAGCCAGGGGAUUCAGCCAGUUCAAGGCCUGGCUCUGUGCACUCUGAGCACCAUGGGCUCUGCUGAGAUGUGCCGGGACCUGGCCACAGAGGUGGAAAAGCUGCUCCUGCAGCCAGGCCCCUAUGUGCGCAAAAAGGCUAUUCUGACUGCAGUGCACAUGGUUCGGAAAGCCCCUGAGCUCUCUGACAUCUUCCUUCCACUUUGUGCCAAACUGCUUCAUGAGCACCACCAUGGUAGUACCCAAGCUGGUGCAGAUCCUCCGAACUCUGGUGACAACGGGGUACUCCACAGAGCACAGCAUAUCUGGAAUCAGUGACCCUUUUCUGCAGGUCCAGAUACUUCGUCUGCUUCGGAUCCUGGGCCGGAACCAUGAAAAAAGCAGUGAGACCAUGAAUGACUUGCUGGCCCAGGUGGCCACCAACACAGACACCAGCCGAAACGCCGGCAGUGCAGUGCUGUUUGAGACAGUACUCACCAUCAUGGACAUCCACUCUGCAGCUGGCCUACGGGUUCUAGCUGUCAACAUUCUUGGUCGCUUCCUGCUCAACAGUGAUAAGAACAUUAGGUACGUGGCUCUGACCUCAUUGCUGAAGCUGGUAAAGUCUGAUCACAGUGCUGUGCAGCGACAUCGGCCCACUGUGGUAGAAUGUCUGCGGGAAAGCGAUGCCUCCCUCAGCCGGCGGGCCCUGGAGCUGAGCCUGGCUCUGGUGAACAGCUCCAAUGUGCGAUCCAUGACACAGGAGCUGCAGGCCUUUCUCGAGUCCUGCCCCCCGGAUCUUCGGGCUGACUGUGCCUCAGGCAUCCUGCUGGCUGCAGAGAGGUUUGCUCCAACCAAGCGGUGGCAUAUAGACACCAUCCUGCAUGUGCUGACAACGGCAGGCACCUAUGUGCGGGAUGAUGCAGUGGCCAACCUGACCCAGCUGAUUGGAGGUGCCCAGGAGCUACAUGCCUACUCUGUGCACCGCCUCUACCAUGCCCUGGCAGAGGACAUCUCUCAGCAACCGCUGGUGCAAGUGGCCACCUGGUGCAUAGGGGAGUAUGGGGACUUCCUGCUGGAGAACUGUGAGGAAACUGAACCCCUUCAGGUAGAAGAGGAGGAGGUGAUGGCACUACUGGAAAAGGUGCUGCAGUCCCAUAUGUCCCUGCCAGCCACCCGCGGAUAUGCCCUCACGGCCCUCAUGAAGCUCAGCACCCGGAUCCAGGGGGACACCGACCGCAUCCGCCAGGUGGUGUCCAUCUACGGGAGCUGUCUGGACGUGGAGCUGCAGCAGCGGGCUGUGGAGUAUAACGUGCUCUUCCAGAAGUAUGACCACAUGAGGGCUGCUAUCCUUGAAAAGAUGCCCCUUGUGGAGCAUGGUGGCCCCCAGACUGAUGAAGAAGCAAAAGAAAGCAGAGACGACACAGCCCCUGUCCCCACAGAGCCCCAGACCUCAAAGCUCUUGGAUCUGCUAAAUCUCCUGGAUGAUACUUCUGGAGACACCCAGCAGCCACCCUCUCUGAAUCCCUCCCCAGAGGGUGCACUAGUACACCUCCUUGAUCUUCCCUGUGCACCUCCACCCCCAGCUCCCAUCCCAAACCUCAAAGUGUUUGAACGUGAGGGAGUACAGCUGAAUCUGUCUUUUACUCGACCCCCUGGAACCCCUGCUUUGCUCUUAAUCACUGUCACCACCACCAACUCCUCAGAGGAUGAGGUCACUCACUUCAUCUGCCAGGCAGCUGUGCCCAAGAGUGUCCAGCUGCAGCUCGAGGCCCCCAGUGGAAACACAGUUCCAGCUCAGGAUGGCCCGCCCAUCACUCAGCUCUUCAGAAUCCUCAAUCCUAACAAGGCCCCUCUGCGGCUAAAGCUGCGCCUCACCUACAACCACUUUGGCCAGUCAGUGCAGGAGAUCUUUGAGGUGAACAACUUGCCUGUGAAGACAUGGCAGUAACUAUCUCCACUCACUAUCCAAAUCCUCCUGUGUCCCAAAGCCCCUGGCCCCAACAGCUGGGGUCCUACCCCUGAGGGCCACCACCAGGUGGCACUCUGGCUCUGCAUUUGUCACUGCAAAACUGUGAGGGUCUGCCCCCUCCCCCACAAAUACUGAAAGCCCAAUAAAGCCUGAGAGGCAGAAAACCGUA